GGGUCCUCGACCGCUGGACUAGAAGACGAAGGGGGCGUCUCCCCUGCUUCCUGCGGCGUCCGUGGCGAAGUGAGGUGGAGGCCGGCUGCGACCGCGAAGGCGACAGUGGCGGCGGUGCCAUGGCAGGGCUCGCAGGACCCCUGCUGCCUUGGUGAUCCUGAGCUGACAGCCAGAGAGCACAGCGGCUGAGCUCCUGGAGAGUGAGGGUUGAAGAACGCUGAGGGCAGCGCCCACGCCCGCGGGCUCCCAUUAGGUCGGUUCCUGCAGCGGUGUUCAGCGGCCUUGGCGAAGGCCCUGCCUGACAGAGAUCAUGUAUUGCCUCCAGUGGCUGCUGCCUGUCCUCCUCAUCCCCAAGCCCCUCAACCCCGCCCUGUGGUUCAGCCACUCCAUGUUCAUGGGCUUCUACCUGCUCAGCUUCCUCCUGGAGCGGAAGCCUUGCACAAUUUGUGCCUUGGUUUUCCUAGCAGCUCUGUUCCUCAUCUGCUAUAGCUGCUGGGGAAACUGUUUCCUGUACCACUGCUCCGAUUCCCCGCUUCCGGAAUCGGCACAUGACCCCAGCGUUGUGGGCACCUAACAACCUGCACAUUUAGCUUUCUAAGGAAGCAGAAGACGGGAGGGGAGGCAUUGACAUAGGUCAUAAAGCAUUGGAGUUUCAAAUCCCGCAGCCUGCGGGUGCCACAUUCCUGACGGCGCCUUUUUGGCCUGUGAUGUUUUAUCCUUAAAAUGUGAAUAAUAGCACUGACAGGUGCUUUUAUUGUAGAGUCCUAUAGUCGUGGGUGGUCUUGUGGUUGUGUGUGUUCUGUCCCCAUCUUGGUCCCAGCUGUCAAGAUGCACCCCCCUCCCCCCCUCGCCUCAUUCCUGCGAGGACUUUGCACCCAUCCUGAUCAACUAUCCCAGCAUGACCUGGGAAGAUAAAAUGCCAAGUUCAUUGUCACCUCUGUCACUCCCUCCUUGUCAGGGUCUUUUGCCUUCCCAGAAUAUUCCCAAGUCCUCAGUUCCUCUCCUGGUUUCCCUUUAGUUCUCUUCUACCCCUUUCCUUUUUAGGGAGCAUCUGUCCAAGACAGGGCUCAUUUUUGCACUUAUCUCGAAUUUAAAGAGAUUGCUGACGCCCGAGAGCCUCGCUUUUUCAUUCUUCUUUCCCUGAUCAGCAGGCUAGACAGAAACAUGUAUUGACUGACUGUUGUUCACAAAUCUCCAGUAUUUUUUCCACUUCAUUUUUAAGAAAGAAGUAACAGAUACAUGUUGCUCUUUCACCUGGGUGUCUGGGCUCAUGCUCAGCCUCACUCCUUUGUCCUUCCUCCUGCCCUCCUCAGCUGUCCAAAGGGGGCAAGGGGUUGGCCUCAUUGUCUCUCCUGUGCAUGCUCUGCAGGAUUGAGGUGUAGUGUGUUCAUGUAGAUCUAGAGUCCCCAGCCGAGUGAAUGAGAGAGUACUUGUGUGUUUCAAAACAGCCAUGAUCCCUUGAUAGGUAUUUGGAUAUUUUUUGGUGUGCCGUGUGUGUACGUGAACAAAUACAUGUGUAUAUUCCUUUUAAAUAAGCUUUAUUGAAUGUGUUCUGAUUUUGAGGUAUAGCAAUAGCUACUAUAGUAGGUGCCGCUACAGUUUUUAUUUAGCAUGGGAUUGCAGAGUGACCAGCACACUGGACUCCAAGGUGGUUCAGACAAGACAGAGGGGAGCAGUGACCAUCCUCAUGCCAGGAGCUCCUUCAGUCCUGCACAUAUAGACUCUAUGAAGAAUACAAAGAGGAAGACUUGUGACUGUCACUUGCUUUUUUGCUGUUUCUGCGCUUUCAUACAAGUGUUGGCAAACGAGACUUUCUUCUGGCCCCUGCCCACUGGCAAUCGGUAUGGUUGUCCCUCCAGUCUAAACCAUCCAUCUUUCUCUUGCCUGAGCGGGGAAGGAAGUGGGCCAGGCAGAGGACAGAACUGGAGGCAGUCCAUCUAGGAAAUGGGACCGGGAGGCCACACUUGUGGAACAUUUGGACUGCUAUUCUGGAGCUUUUAUUUCUCGUGUGUUCGUUGCACAGCUGUUUGAAAUGUUUAAUAAAGCUUUAUAAACUUUA